UCGCGGCAUCCCCUCCGACGGGGUUGGGGGGUCUACUGGUUUUGCGUGGCCUCGUUGCCAGCGGAGGGAAAUCACCGCCGGACCCAAAGGAGGAAGUAAUCGAGCGGGGACAUGGAGAAGCAGCGAGUCCAGCAGUAUACUGGAGUUCCACGGGAGCGUUUUUUGCAGGACGUCUAUCCCCUGAGAAAGCCUGCAGUACUGAAAGGAAUAGAUCUGGGCCCUUGUGUGACCAAAUGGACAGUAGAUUACCUUUGUCAAGCAUCAGGGAAAAAAGAAGUAAAGGUUCACGUUUCCACUGUGCCACAGAUGAACUUCCUUAGUAAGAACUUUGUGUAUAGAACACUGCCUUUUGAUGUAUUUAUAAAGAGAGCAGCUGAAAUCAAACAUUCGGAUUAUUUUCUUUCUGAGGAUGAAAAGUAUUAUUUACGAUCACUGGGAGAUGAUCCCCGAAAGGAUAUUGCAGACCUGAGAAAGCAGUUUCCUUUAUUGGCAGAUGACAUUCAAAUUCCAGAAUACUUUGAUAAGGAACAGUUUUUCUCUACUGUGUUCCGCAUAAGUUCAGAAGGUCUACAACUUUGGACACACUAUGAUAUAAUGGAUAACUUCUUAAUUCAGGUGACGGGAAAGAAACGAGUUGUACUCUUCAGCCCCCGUGAUGCACCGUAUUUAUAUUUAUCAGGCACAAAGUCUGAGGUACUAGAUGUGGAUAAACCAAACAUGAAGAAAUAUCCUCUCUUUAUCAAGGCUAGACGUUAUGAAUGUCAGCUGGAAGCAGGAGAUGUCUUAUUCAUUCCUGCCUUGUGGUUCCAUAAUGUGACUUCUGAGGAAUUUGGAGUUGGAGUCAAUGUUUUCUGGAAGCAGCUUCCUUCUGAAUACUAUGAUAAAACUGAUACAUAUGGAAACAAAGAUCUCACUGCAGCUUCAAGAGCAAUACAGAUUUUGGAUAGAGCACUAAAAACCCUAGAAGAACUUCCUGAGGAAUACAGAGACUUCUAUGGUAGGAGAAUGGCAUUACGCAUCCAAGACAAAACUUACAGCAGUAAUUAUGAAUAAAAAACAUUUUUGAAUACUUGUCUUAGAAACAUAUAUUGAAUUAUCUCUUGUGAACCAAUUAAUAGGAUGGCCAUUGGUGUAAUUUGUGCAAAAUAUUUCUUUUUUGUUAGUUCUUCCCCUUUGUGUCUGCAUAACGAUUUCAGAUACUUGACUUUUCCUUCUGGCCAGGACAGCCUCUGUCCGACUGAUUAUGUCCAGUAAGGUA